AAUGAUCUGUGUCUACUAUCUAUUUGAGAAACGUCAGUUUUAAGCCAUGUUUUUUAUACGUACAAACAAAGAUUGCUAUAAUAGAUACUACUGAAAUUUAUAACAUUUUCAUGUUACGGUGCUCUACCCUUUGUGUAUUACUGUUUAAUUGAAUUGUAUGUAGUGGUAAUACCUUUGAUUGAAUCCAUUAUUAUUUUGAGAUCAAGCUCAUUGCUACUAAAUUGUGCUGAUUUAAAUCAGUUUAUGUAUUCAUUGCCUACAAUAUUUUUGUAUUUAUACGUACAUAAACAAACUAAUAAGAUCUGAGCAAGUUUCAAAGACAAAUUAAAAAUGACUACGGCCGCAAGGCCAACGUUUGAUCCUGCUCGCGGUGGGCAAGGCCGUGGUGAAAAAGAUUUAAGUGCUAUAUCACGACAGUAUUCUAGUCGAGAUUUACCAGGCCAUACAAAACUUAAGUACAGGGAGCAGGGACAAAGCACAACAGACGAACUUCGUUCAAGAGAUUUCCGUAAAGAAUUAGAUGAGAGAGAAAAGGAGGUUAAGGCUCCAGCUAGACGUCAAAAUGAGCCACCCGCAAAGAAGACAAAAGCAGAUCAAGUUCCUGCUGCUAGUUUAGAUGCUGAUGACCCUCUAGAAGGAGACUCAUCCGAUUCAGAUGACUCAGACGAUGACACUGCUGCCUUAUUGGCUGAGCUAAACAAAAUAAAGAAAGAGCGAGCUAUAGAGCAAGCUAAGAAGGAUGCUGAAAAGAAACAAGAAGAAGAAAGAAUCCGAAUGGAAAAUAUUCUGUCAGGAAAUCCGUUGUUAAAUUAUUCGGCAGCAGGUCAAAAAAAUGAUCUGAAGGUAAAACGGCGGUGGGAUGACGACGUGGUGUUCAAAAACUGCGCCCGAUCCGAACCGGAAAAGAAGGCUAACACCUUUAUAAACGAUUCCCUCAGAUCAGAGUUUCACAAAAAGUUUAUGGAAAAAUAUGUUAAGUAAUUUGAAGAGUAAUUUUAAUUAAUGUAAAAGGCUAAUAAACUUUUUUACUCUUU